UUUUUUAACUGCUUUUGACAAUCACGAAUCAGCUGUUUUUUGCUCUGCAGGCAAAAGCGUGCGUCUAUUGUGAACGACUGUUAGUUUCUAUUUAUUUUGAUUGUUUAGUUUACGUACGCAAAUUGUUCGUAAGCCCCGGUCAUGUUUUUAAAACCCUACAGAUUGAAGAGCAGUGCCGCUCUCAAAGGCUCAGAAGCCAAGAAAUUGCGGGCCCGCCUCGAAUUGGCUUUUCCCCAUGUGCCGGCAGAAAAUUUGAUACCGGCAAAGGCGAAUGUGACGCAGCUGAAAAUUCUCACACAUGGCGGCCAGCCAAGCAUGAUCUACUGUGUGGACAAACAGCCGAUGUUCUUCGAGCUGGAUGGCGGGCAGCUGGUGCCCACACUCUACACAUUGUGGGCAACGCCCGACAUACUGCCCUAUUUCAGCACGCACGAGGGUGUGCUGCCGAAGUUAUCGAAUGGAGCGGAUUUGAUGCUGCCCGGCGUGGUGCCCCUUGGCGUUGGACUGAACAUGUACGGGCAUUUCAAGAAGGAUCAGCUGAUGGCAGUUAAUUUGACAAACAAUAGCUCAGCUGUGGGCGUGGGUCAAUUGGCGCGUUCCAGCGAUGAUUUAUACAUGUGUGGGGGCCAUGGCGUGGCUGUUAAAAUGCUGCACAUGUUCGGUGAUAAGCUGUGGGCACACGAACCCAGUAUGUUGCAGCAAAUACCGCUGAAUAAGACGAAACCUCUGUCGAGUGAGGACUUUCCAGUCUUGGGUGGCCAGGAUCAUCAGCGCAAAGCGACAAAAGCUCCACAAAUCGAACAGGAACCUGCAUUCAUAUCACAAGCAAUAGAACCAGUUGAAUUGGAGUCCACCACAGCUGCCUUAUCGCUGGAUGAGAUUAGUGAAACUGCAGCCGUUGCUGCAACCUCAUCCUCUGAUGAAGCCACGCCGGAAACUUUGCUUAAAAAUGCAUUCUUGGCUGCGCUUAAGAACAAUGGCAAGAAGCUGCCGCUACCCCUAUUAACGAGCAACUUUUUUAGGCUUUACGUGGUGACCGAAGCCGCUGAGCAAAUUGAUCUAAAGAAGACGCGCUACAAGAAGCUGUCCAAUUUCUUGGCAGAGAUGGUCGAUCAGGGCUUUAUAGUAGUGCGUGAGGAGACGAAAGGCGUAGACAAGAUAAUCUCUGUUGAUCUGGAGCAUCCAGAACUGGUAAACUUUAUAACCGAUGUGAAGACAGGCGAUGGCAGCGGCGCAGCUGCAGAAACACCCCUAUUCCACUCGGAACUGAGAGAGAUGUAUAUUGUUUCUGAUGUAACCGCCGCAUUUUUUACAAAGAUGAACUACAAACGAGGCGAGGGCAUUCCCGUGGGCCAGGUCAAGAAGAUUGUGCGCGAGUAUGUGAGCAAACAUGGUCUUAGCAAUCCGCAGACAAAGCUGGUGCAUCCCGAUGCUGUGCUCCAGGAGCUGUGCGGCAAUCGUGAAGGUACACUGAGCGAAAUAACCUCCAUUAUUACGAGUAAAAUGGAGCAUUCCUAUCAAAUGUGCAGCGGCAAGGACACCAGCGGCAAGCCACAAAUACAAAUGUCCCUGGCCACAAGGUCGGGCAACAAAAAAGUGACCCUGGUGAGUAACAUCGAAGCCUACGGCAUCAUCAUGGCCGAGCUAAUAAAGCUGUGCAAACAAGGAGCUGCCGCCAGCACGAGCAUCGUCAAGCUGCCGCACCAGAAGCAUGAGCAGCUGCAGGUGCAGGGUAAUCAAAUUCGCUUUAUCUACACGUUACUCACGGAGACCUACAAGGUGCCCCCCAAGUGCAUAUUGGGCCUGGAACUAGCUAAAGAUGGCAAGAAGAAACGCAAGUGAUCUAAUCAGCUACGGAAAUGAAUGUAAUAAAACCCAGAUUUGACCUUUGGCUUGUGUUAUAAUAAAUUAUUUAUUAACUGUACUGGGAAGUGGGGAUGAACCGAUUAGUGCUACAA